AUGUCCAAGCCGCGCCCCAUCCUCAAACGUUCUUCGCACACUGUUCCGCUCUCCAGCCCGCCCUCUUCAAGGGACCAGCAUCGCUUUUCUCCCCCUCAGCAUACCCCGCCCCGCCGUAUUCAUAAUGUCCGUUUCCCCCCCUCUCCCACACUCACCCAUACUUUUUCCACGCACGCCGCGUCUUCCUACGACCGCUCUCCCAUUGUCGUCUUGCCGAACACCUGCGCCCUCCCUGCACGCGGGUGUCCGGGAAGGACAUAUCUUCCCGGAGACGCUCCUGGAUCACCGGGCGGUUCCCCUGAUAAGGAAAAGAGACGGUCCCAGAAGAACAGAGGGAAGCAUGUCCAUCCGCGGGCAGCGUUCGCUUUUGGGCUUCAUAGCUCCAAAGCAUGCGACAUUGAUGGAUCAGCAUCGUCGUCUGCGUCCUCGCACGUCGGCAGCUCGAUGGCUACCCCUGUUGCCCCUGUACCGUCUCUCAUACCCGACCUCUCAUCCGAGUCUGACGAAUCAGAUGGUUUCAUAAGUCCCCCGCCUGGUUCAAACGUCUUCACCAGCACUCCCAUCGCAAUGCACUCUAAGCUCUCUGUCGCGGGAGAUAUGCUUACUCCUCGCACUCCACCCAAUACAGAUCUCCUUUCGUUUCUCCCCUAUACCCCUUCAUCCUCGCAAUCGCAGCUUCACCGCCCUGAACACACCUCGGAAGAUCAGUAUCAGCACCAUACUUACGAGGAGGAGCGGCGCAGACGCAGAGAACGGGAGAAGGAGCGGGACAGAACAAAGCGGGAUCGUGAAUGCGAGCAGCGCGCUCGUCUGCGCGCUCGCGACCGCGAUUCUUCGCGGGAUCUAGAGCGGCAAAUAUCUGGGCUGGCUCUCGAAGAAGAGGACGAGGGGGACGACGACGAAGGGGAUGACGAUAUACGUCCGGGAAGGUACAAAACCUUUGGCGCGACGAGCACGCUGGCCGGCUUUUCGCUUUCCGACCCGGACGAUGGAUGCCUCGGCGGUUUCUGA